AUGCUAUACGUUAUUGAAAAUGUCGAGGAGGAUAUAGAACGGUGGUGCACGCUCGAAUACAAGCACAUCUGCGAAAUUGUAGGAGCAGACAGAGCAAUAUUUACGAACAUUCCUUCUCAAACCCUGGACGUUUUGCCCCUCAGGCAAAUUGAAGAUCUCAGACGCCAGCUUCCAGGACGUGUGGUGACCGACUCCGCGAGUACAUUGGAAGAGUUAGACUGGGACCGUGUACUUCUCUUAGAUAUGGAUGCAGAAGAAGAACUGAAGAUUGAAGAUGCAGAGAGAUUCGACGCAGUGCUCGUUGGCGGCAUCCUUGGCAAUGUUCCAUCCGACGAUAGAACGGCAGAAGUUCGAAAACUGCGGCCUUGCCACUCUCGUCACUUGGGGCCGCUCCAGAUGACCACCAACACGGCAGUCCUCGUCUCCAAGAUUGUUCUUGAAAAUAAGGUUCCGCUGACGGAUAUUCCGAGUGUAGAUGAACCCGAAAUCUCUGCAGGACCAAACUCGAAGGAAUCCAUCGUGCUGCCCUUCCGUUACGUGGCAAAGAGCUACUUGACAAAGUCUGAAGAGGACAAGAAUACCCCCAUUUUGCCUGAAGGCAUGCUUCAGUUCCUUCUAGAAACCGCCGACGAGCCCCUCCUAUAA